UUCAGUGAUUUGAGGUGCGGCGCAGACCGUGUGCGUGCUUUUGCAUUCGCAUGCAUCACCGUUCCGGGGUGCAAUUCUAUUCGAUCGAAAAAUGUGUCUUCCGCUAUAUUUGAGCGCGACUCGGCGCACCGUUUUCGCGACCGUUCGCCUCUGAGGGAUCGCGUUCCCCGUCCGGUUCCUGUGUCACGUUCUUGCGUUUCACUAGACACCAAAUCUGUCCCGUAGCAUUUUAUGGGCCGUGUUCGACUCUGAACCGCAUCGUUAAUACCCUAGCCGCGGAUGGUCGUCGUGCCUGGCGAACUCAUCCGAUUUCCCAUCCGAUUGUAUUUAUAGUGUCUCCUGGUUUAUUUUUGCACGCGGCUCCUUUGGAAAAAAGGAUGCAGCUAUCCGCUGGCUGACAGCGUUUCCUUGUAUCCUGUGGUGGUUUGUCUUCUUGUCCGGUGAGAGACGUGGAUCUACCUAGUGCAAGUCGCUGGUAUCCAAGUGAAAAGUAUAUAGUAAAGCACAGAAAAAAGAAUGGAAGCAGCAAUAGCUGGACGUAGGCGGACUGCCGCAAGACAUUCAGCAGAGGAUCAGGCUCUUGAUCAGAUAGCCAAGGAGGCAGAAGCUAGAUUAGCCGCAAGGAGACAGGCAAGAGCUGAAGCAAGAGAAAUACGAAUGCGUGAAUUAGAAAGACAACAAAAAGAGGCAGAAGAGAAUGCGGAUAGAGUUUACGAUAUGUGUUCAGCCGAUGUUAAUAGAACAAUGAGAGUAACACCGGAUUCCGUAAGGGCAUCGCGUCUCCUUACGAAUUCUAAUAAUUUUCAAUCCAGUCGUAGAUCUUCUGAAGAUUCUUUGGAAGAUGCUGGCCUAAGUAGAGAUCUUAGGUUAGAGCUGAAGGAGUUCGAGGAGAAAUUUAGGAAAGCUAUGAUAGCUAAUGCUCAGUUAGACAAUGAAAAAUCUUCUUACGCCUAUCAAGUUGAUUUGUUGAAAGACAAGUUGGAAGAAUUAGAAGAAACAGUUGCACAACUUCGUAGAGAACUUAGGGAAAAGAACAGAGAAUCCGAACAAUUGAAAAGAAUCAGUCAAAGAUUAAAGGAAGAGUUAGACAUAUGCCAUGCACAAUUAAUAGAAAGAGAUACGCUUAUACAAGAAAAUGGUUUAGUUAUUCUCGAGGACGAGGAGAGUGAAAACGAAGAUAACGAGGUUGAAAAUGGUCCACGUCCAAGACGAAGAGUACUAGUCAGUACAGAAGCAGCAGAAUUACUGCAGAAUGCUGGAAAGGGUUCAUUAGAUGUUCGGCUGAGAAAAUUUGCUUCUGAAAAGAAGGAAUUACAGGAUGAAAUACGGCAUUUAAGAUUGGAAUUAGAAGAGACCAGGAACCGUAUUAGGUCCGAGAAAUCGCCUGGUUCAGUAUUAGGUUGUUUGUCAGAUUCCGAGGACGUGCAACGGGAAGCGAAUAAACUGUUAGCCGAUUACAAAUUCAAGUUGCAAAAAGCAGAGCAAGAUAUGUCAACAUUACAAGCCACUGUAGCUAGGCUAGAGAGUCAAGUGAUACGUUACAAAUCAGCUGCGGAGGCAUCAGAGAAAGCGGAGGAUGAAUUGAAAGUUGAGAAAAGGAAACUUCAAAGAGAAGUUAGAGAGACUCAAGGCCGCGUUGAAGAAUUAGAGACAGCAAAUUCUCAUCUACAAAGGCGAUUGGACAAACUUAAAAACGCAAAAUCGGCUCUCCUGAAAGAGCUUUGACGGGACGGUUUCUAUGGAUCUGUACAAUGAGUCUGCCAUUUCCUUCUCUAUUCUGCAAAAACCGUGUGCCGAUGUUGCCUGGACAUAAAUAUUACUUAACACAUUGAAUAUAAUUUAUAGAACAAAAAAAAAGAACUUGAAAUACGCAUAAUAACGUUAUACGAUUUUUAACUGAUUUUCGAAGAAAAUGUUGCCGCGAGCACGGGGUCUUCAAAAUGUCUACCCGAGGCGCCAUGCUCGCAUAAUUUAUAUUUACUUAAAUUGCUGUGAAAGGAAGUUGCUGUUUUGUAUUCAACAUGUUCUUCACGAUAUACUAACCAUUGUUCUGCGUUUCUCGGCCGGGAAGAGAACAAAAAAAAUUAACAGUCUUUUUUUCUUUUAAUGCAUUUCAAGCGCUGAAUUUGUAAACGAUUAUGAAAUCGAUUCGUAAUUUGUACAUUAUUUGGAGAAACAAGCUGGCUUGUACAUCAUACGUGUGUAAAUGUUCUCCGUGCUUUCUAUACUUUCUCUAUAAAAGACAACUUAGAAAUGUAGGUAUAGGCAACAUCGAAUAAAAGAGCAACAGCAGCGUAUGUUCCCAAUUAAGACAACAUAAAUAAUUGCAAUCCAAUGAUGUACACGUCAGCGAAAAAAUAAUUAUAUGGAUAAGUGUAAUUUGUUUUUACAUCGAAUAAUUUAUAAAUAUAUUUCUAAAGAUACGAGAUAUUUAUAACUUCUAUAAGAAACACGUUAUAGUUGAGAGGAAAAAAAAAAGAAAGAAACAAGACAUGAAACGGAAGCAACGAUGUUCGUUUUCUAUUUAUCGGGACUUGACAAAGCAUUUUUAAUUUUAUAUCGCAUUUGUUAUACACCGGGAAACUUCGAUAUCGGAAUCCGCAUUUGCUCUCGCAUAAAAUUUUAGAAGUUUCCUUUAGUACCGAUCGUAUUACCAGGAAUUCAGUGUUCAAAACUUUACAAGGGGUUUCAAAAGGUAUGGUCAUUUGGACUAAAAAAAGAAUGUUUAUAUGAGAUUACUGUGAAAAAUUUAUUGUAAGGCGAUUUAAUAAAAUAUCAGUGAAAUAAUUAUUACAAAA